CACAGCCCCGAAGGCUGCGGACGCGGCAGGAUUGUCCCUCGGCGGCUGCCGUGGUGCGGCCCGGAGCGUUGCCAUGGAAACUGGCUGGGGACAUGCUGCCGGUUGCAGCUCGCAGAGCAGACCCUACUUCUUGACUGGGACUGCUGUAGUCCCCGCGUGAUCGCAGGGCGGGUAACCGGGUGAAUCUGGGCGGGGCAGCUCCGGGACGGGGAGACGAGGCCUGGGUUUCUGCGGAGACCCAGCACGGCCCAUUCCUCCCCGCGACGAGGGACCACUGCUAUGGAAACUGGAGCACCGGGCCGGCGGGUAUUGUGGCUCCUGGGUCGUGACCGGUCUUCUCUCACCUGGGGACCCUCGCCCAAGGUUGUUUCCUGAACUAACCUGCCCUCCCGCCCUCGAGAGAGAGUUUUCUACAGACACAGACUAGCAGGAAGAUGCAGCAUCUAUGUCUCACUGGCCGCUGACCCACCAGCCCGAUGACAGCAUCUCCGUGUGCCUUUCCGGUUCAGUUCCGGCAGCCCUCGGUCAGCGGCCUCUCACAGAUCACCAGCAGCCUGUAUAUCAGCAACGGGGUAGCAGCCAACAACAAGCUCUUGCUCUCCAGCAACCACAUCACCACAGUCAUCAACGUCUCAGUGGAGGUGGUGAACACCUUAUAUGAGGACAUCCACUACGUGCAGGUGCCUGUGGCUGACACACCCAUGUCGCGUCUCUGUGACUUCUUCGACCCCAUUGCAGACCACAUCCACAGCGUGGAGGUGAAGCAGGGCCGCACCCUGUUGCACUGUGCCGCCGGCGUGAGCCGCUCGGCCGCCCUCUGCCUUGCCUAUCUCAUGAAAUACCACGCCAUGUCUCUGCUGGAUGCCCACACAUGGACCAAGUCAUGCCGGCCCAUCAUCCGGCCCAACAAUGGCUUUUGGGAGCAGCUCAUCCACUAUGAGUUCCAGCUGUUUGGCAAGAACACUGUGCACAUGGUCAGCUCCCCCAUGGGAGUGAUCCCCGACAUCUAUGAGAAGGAGGUCCGUCUGAUGAUUCCACUGUGAGCCAUUCCACCAGCCCCUGCCCCAGGGUCAGAGGUACAGAUCUGCCAUUGAUCCUACACCAAGAUCUGUACUUAAAACAUUCUACUUUCACUGAUACAGAAAAACCAGAUGAUGCCUUUUUUAAGGGCAAGUAAAAAGGAAGGGUACUGCAGCUCUUAAUCUUAUAAUUCAUAACUUUAAAGAUUCAGCUUAUUAAAUGUAAGAUGGUGAAGAUAAGUUUCCUACCCUGUGAGUGACAGCUCAUGGCUGCUGACCAGAGGGAAGAGUGAACCAAAUGGACCAGCACCCUGCGCAUAUGGCAAGUUUGGUAUUCUGCAGCCCUCCCCAUGACCAACCAACCCAGGAAUGGGUCUGCCACAAUCCCGCCUCAUUCUUUUGAACACGAAGCCGGCCUUAAGCAUCAUGGCACCUCCCAUGCUUCUCACAGUAAGUGCCAACCUACUGGAUGAAUAGCCUUCAAGUGGUACUCCAGGAGCCCUGGGGGCCCCAAGCCAACCCUGCUUCCACCUUCAACCCUGGUCUUCUAGAUUGGACUUACGCAUAAGAUAGUUUUCAAAGGAAGCAUUCCAUUGUAUAAAAUUUCUUUAAAAACAUUUCUUUUUGAGUGCUGUUGUACGUGGCAAGAUCCCCUACCAGCCUUUGAUGAAAGGUGGUAUUAGUCUCCAUCUCGGGGCACGUGUGGAGAGCAGGCCUGACAUCAGGCUCAGAGGUUUCUCUCACAGGCCUCAGCUCAGAAGGCUGGAGCUGUGGACCGGAACCCAGCCUUGUCACCUCCUGCCUGUGUGAUGUGGGGCCUCUUGGAACCUCAGUUUCCUCGUCCAGGCGAUGACAGCCCUUUCCUCACAAGGUUGUCAUGAAGAUUCAGUGCUUCCUUAGCACGGUGCCUGGCACAUGGUAGGUGCUUGGUGCUUGGUGUAACUGGCAGCUCUCAUCACGAAUGAUACUCUGGCCCUGCUGCCCCGGGUCAGCAAGUCGUCUUCACAACAGCAGCUCCCCGCCUGCGCACAGCCCUUUAUUGCUUAGAAAGUGCUCUUCCAAGAAGUCAUCCUGUGUGGGAGAAAAAUGGUUUCGGUCCUUUCAGACCCUGCCUUUAAGGAGGCCUAGACCUCGAAGCCUUUUCAGACUUCCCAUUGGAUUAAGCACAAUGUUUAAUCCAUGUGCAAUCUGGGACUCCUAGAACAAGGAGCACACUUCCAGCUUCCCCCAAAGGGCCUUGUUUAGAUUGCUGAUCAUUAGAGCCAGUGCCCUGGUCUGGCUGACCGCUGGGGUCCAGUGGGGUAUGUGCCAAAGGGAUAAAUGAGUGGGCCCUACCAGUAGGCCCUGAAAUCCAGGAUUGUUCAAACCCCCGAGGUGUGUGUGGAUCUGGGUCAAGAGCAGCUAUUCUAAUCUAGAGAUUUUCAGACAAACAGUACAUGCGCCAGUCAAGAGCACAACUGCUCGUGGGUCAGAGCCCACUGGAGGCCAAAUGCUCCUUUUCUCCAAACCUGCCCCACCCUCACUUCCACAAAGGGCCUGCCCAGGGGUGUAAUUUUAGGGUCAGGGGAGAAGGAAAAUCGCUACUCAAGACUGAUCUCAUUUUACAGAUGAAUAAACAGAACCGCAAACACCAGGGCUGGUAUGGCAGAGCCCCCCCCAAAGCAGAAGAAACCCAUCAGGAAGAAACCCAGGUGGAAAAUUUCUUUGAAAACAUUUUUAAAGAGAAAUUUAUUUGAAUAUCUUUUUUUUCAGUUUUUAAAAAUUUUUAAUUAACAUACCAUAAAAUUAACUUUCUCCUGUGUAAAGUUCUCUGUGUUUUAACACAUUCGUGUAACUACCUCCACAAUCAGGACACAGGGCAGUUCCAUCAACCAAAGAAUUCCCUUACGCUGCCCCUUGGCAGUCACACCUUUGCCCCACACCAACCUCUGGCAAACACCUAUCUCUUCUCCAUUCCCUAUAGAUUUGCCUUUUCCACAUUGCCACAUACAUAGAAUCAUAGAGGAUGUCACAUCUAGAGACUGGCUACUUUCUGUCUGUCUUUGAGAUUCACACACGUUGCUUUUUAUGGCUAAGUGGUAUUCCAUUGUUGGAUGCGCUACAGUUUGUUUUACCUUCACCCGUUGAAGGAUAUCUGGGUUGUUUCCAGUUUUGGGCGAUUUUGAAUAAAACUGCUACAAAUAUUUGUGUAUAGGUUUUUAUGUGAACAUAAGUUUAUGAGUGGGAUUGCUCAGUCGUAUGGUAAAGGUUAUGUUUAACUUUCAGAAACUACCAGAUUUCCAGAGUGGCAAUACCAUUUUGCCUUCCACUAUGAGAGAUCCAAUUUCUCGCCAGUAUUUGGAACUGCCAAUAUUUUUUAUUUCAGCCAUUCUGAUAGGUGUGUGGUAUUAGCUUAUUGCAGUUUUAAUUUGCAUUUCUCUAAUGAUGUUAAGCAUCUUUUUUUUUUUUUUUUUUUUUUUUUUUUGCGGUACGCGGCCCUCUCACUGUUGGGGCCUCUCCCGUUGCGGAGCACAGGCUCCGGACGCGCAGGCUCAGCGGCCAUGGCUCACGGGCCCAGCCGCUCCGCGACAUGUGGGAUCUUCCCGGACCGGGGCACGAACCCGUGUCCCCUGCAUCAGCAGGUGGACUCUCAACCACUGCGCCACCAGGGAAGCCCUAAGCAUCUUUUUGUGUGUUUAAUUGCCUUCCACAUUCCCUCUUUGGUGAAGUGUCUAUUCAACUUUUUUACCCGUUUUUAAAUUGAGUUGUUUUCUCACUAUUGAAUAUUGAGAAUUCUUUGUAUAUUCUGGAUACAAGUCCUUUAUUAGAUAUGGAUUUGUAAAUAUUUUUCCCCAGUCUAGCUUGUCUUUUCAUUUCUCUUAAAAGUGUAUUUUUCAGAGCAAAAGUUUUAAAUUUUGAUGAAGUGCUACUUACCAGUUUUUCCUUUUAUGGAUUGUUGUUUUGGUGUCAUGUCUGAGAACACUUUGCCUAACCUAAUAUCACAAAGAUUUUCUCUAAUGUUUGAGAGUUUAAAAUUUUCACUUAUUUCCAUGAUCCUUUUGUAUAAGGUGUGAGGUUUAGUUUGAGGUUCAUAUUUUUUCAUGUGGAUGUCUAAUGGUUUCAACUCCAUUUGUUGAAGGCUGUCCUUUGUGCAUUGAGCUGCCUUUGCAUACUCUUCAUUCUGUUUGAUACGUGUCUGUCUCUUUACCGAUACCACACUAUCUUGAUUACUGUAGCUUUUAUAGUAAGUCUUACCUUAUAUCUAAUCUUAGAAGGUGUUCAGUCUUUUACCAUUAACUAUGAUGUUAGCUAUAGGCCUUUUUGUAGUUGCCCUUUAUUAGGUUAAGGAAGAGUUGGAAAGUAUUCUCUCUUCUAUUUUCUGGAAGAGAUAUGUGAAUUGGUGUUAUUUCUUCUUUGAAUGUUUGCUGGACUUCAGCAGUGAAACUAUUUGGGCCUGGAGAUUUCUUUUUCAGAAGGAUUUAACAAAGAAUUCAAUUCCAUUCAUAGUUAAAGGAUUAAUCAAAUUAUCUAUUUCAUCUUUGGUGAGUUUUGGUAGUUUGUGAUUUUCGAGGAAUAGGUCCAUUUCAUCUAAUUGUCAAAUUUAUGCAUGUGGAAUUGUUUAUAGUAUUCCCUUAAUAUCCUUAUUAACUUCAGGGUCUACAGGACAUCACAUUUCCAUUCUCCACACUGAUUAUUUGUCUUCUCUAUUUCUUUGUUAGUCUGGCUAGAGGUUUAUCAAUUUAAAAAAUCUUUUUAAAGAAUUACCUACCUUGUGUCUUUAAUUUUCUCUAUUGUUCUUCCCUUUUCUAUUUCAUUGAUUUCUGCUCUUUAUUAUUUCCAUAGUUCUGCUUGCUUUGAGUUUAUUUUGCUCUUUUUUCUAAUUUCCUAAGGUGGAAACUUAGAUUAUUGAUUUGAGACCUGCAUCCCACAAAUUUUUAUAUACUGCAUUUUCAUUUUUGUCCAUUUCAAAACAUUUUCUAAUUUCCCUUGUAAUGUCCUCCUUAAUCCAUGUAUUAUUUAGAAAUGUGUAGUUUAACUUCUAAGUAUUUGGAAAUUUUACAACCAUCUCUCUGUUAUUGGUUUCUAGUUUAAUUCCAUCAAGGUCAGAGAACAUAUGUUAUAUGAUUUCAUUUCUUCUAAAUUUGUUAAUGUUUACUUAAUGACGUAGGAUAUGGUCUGUCUUGGUGAAUGUUUCAUAUGCACUUGGGGGAAAAAAGGUUAUUUUGGAUAGAGUGUUCAAUAAAUGUCAAUUAGGACCAGUUGA